AUGACUUUGGACACCGUCCCAAUGAUGGAGCCCACCACCGGCGACGAGUUUGGCAAGAAACGGAAAAAGAAACAAAACCCUGACGGAGGAAAGAGGAUUAAGCCACCUACAGCUGAAGAGUUGAAUAAGCUUCGGGAAACUGAAAACCUUUUCUUGUCAAAUAUGUUUCGAAUGCAAAUUGAUGAAAUGUUGAAAGAAGUAAAACCGAAACAAUCUACUUUAGACAAAAUUCAAGAAUGGUUCAAUAAGUUUAGCAUAGCUGUUUUACAAGAUAUGGACACCACAGAUUAUAAAAAAGAAUUAUUAUCAAAUAUGAAUACAUCUGAAAUGAAUACACCAUUCCAUUUAAAUCCCAAACAUAAUACUGAUGGAACUUUUCGUUUUACCAAGCCAUGUUCUGUAAAAAUUGUUGGUUCUCAUUCUUUAGGAACUUCUUUAAUGCCAUUAAUUAAAGUUGAUGUAUCAAUUGUAAUGGGAAAAACAUUUUUCCAUAAAAAAGACUAUGCUGAUGAAAAAUAUCUACGCAAAAAGGCUUUUUACUUGCACUGCCUUGCUAAAGAAUUAAUGAAAAUACCAUUUAUGAUUGACAAUGAUGUACAAUUUUCUUUUGGGAGUCAUUCAUAUUAUUUACCUACGCUUAUUGUAAAACCAAUUGGUACAUUAGGUAAAAAGUGCUGCUUUUGUUUACGAGUUGUUCCCGAAAAAGAUAUAUACAGUUUACAUAAGUUUUCUCCAAAUACCAACAAUAUUAAUUGUCAAUGGUAUUUUAAUACAAGUGUAGAGAAUGGUAAUAUAGAUUCAAAAAAUAAUUCAACACCUUAUUACAAUUCACUAAUUUUACAAGAUUUAGUAAUGGAUGAAAGUGAAAUUUUGUUGAAAGAAAUCUUUGAUAUCAAUCAAAAUGUUCAAGAUGCUUUGAUUUUGUUAAAAAUUUGGCUUGUACAAAGAAAUCUUGGAGGGAUUGGAAAUAUCACUAACCAUAUAUUAUCUAUGUAUGUAGUGUAUUUGUUUAAAAAACAUAAAAUAAACAAAUUUAUGAGUAGCUAUCAAAUAAUAAGAAAUGUUUGGCUAAAUUUCGGACAAUCUAAUUGGCUUAGUGAUGGAAUUACUUUAGUCGAUAAUGAGAGUAAAAAGGAUGCUAAGUUACCUUUAAUGACCGAUUUUCACUCGUCAUUUCAAGUUGUAUUUGUUGAUUCUUCAGGGUAUUUGAAUUUGUGUGCUAAUGUUUUCAAAUCUAACUAUAUCCAUAUUAAAAAUGAAUGUAAUUUUGCUGUAGAAAUGUUAGAUAACUCAAAUAUGAAUUCGUUCCCAUGUUUGUUUUUAACCAAAGCUUCUUUUCUUCAACAGUUUGAUCAUCUUAUCAAUUUCAAUGACAUUAAGGUAGUAAAAGAUAUAGUUAGUCAGCACGGUGAUAAAAAAUUAAAAUUGGAUUUAAGAGAAGAUUUGGCCUUGCAAUUCCAGCACGUUAUAGAACCUUUAUUGCUCUCCAGUCUUGGUGAUCGCAUUGCAGAAAUGUGCUUCAAUGUUUUUCAAGACCCUGUUGCUGUUGGGAAAACUCAAGAACCAUUUAGAAAUUUUUUAAUUGGCUUAAAGUUAAAUACUCAAAAAGCUAAUUCAGUAGUUGAACGUGGUCCAAUUGCAAAUUUACCCGAGGCUAAAGAAUUUCGCUCAUUUUGGGGUGAGAAGUCUCAAUUAAGACGUUUUAAAGAUGGAGAUGUUUGCGAAGCAGUUGUAUGGUCUGAUAGUAAAGUAGCUAUUAGCAAAAAGCGUUGUAUAGUCAGAGAUAUUGUGCAUUAUGUAUUUUUACAUAAAUUAUCAAUUUCUUCAGAAAAAUUUAUUUAUAUUGCGGAUCAAGCAGAAUCAGUUUUGGAGAACCCAUUUGUAGUGCCGAUUGGAUUUGAUUAUGGUACUGGAGAAGCUGCAAGUUUAUGUUGUAUUGAUAAUUUCAAUGAUGUGGGAAAAUUAAUUCGUCAACUUGAAGGAUUACCUUUAACUGUGAGCUCAGUACAAGGAAUAUCACCCGUGUUGAGAUAUGCUGAUGUUAUACCUCCAUUAUCCAGAACUCAUGUCGACAAUAAAAAACAAAGGAAAACUAAAGGAAAUUGUAUAAUGGCACCAACAGAUGAGGAAAUUAAAAUAGCACCUGGGCUUGUUGAACCAAUUGAAGGAGUAUUACAAUUUGCAUCCAGUGGAAAAUGGCCUAAUGAACUAAAUGCCGUUAGAAGAAUGAUAACAGCUUUUUAUAUAAAUCUAGCAGCACGGUUAAAUAAGGAUUGUAAUUUAACUUCUCAACCAUUUGUUGAUCAUAUAGACAUUAUGAAAAAUGGUUUUGUUUUUCGUUUUCGUAUUUAUUAUCCUGGUGAAAUAUCACUUAUUAAAAAAGAACUCAUGCCAGAUGGUAUGAUCCGGUAUAGAGAUACUGAAGAGUCACUGAAUUUAGAAAGAUCAAUGGUGCAAUUACCAACAUUAACAAGUUCAUUGCACGGUCUAAGCGCUCAAUAUCCAUCUUAUGGACCUACUUGCUGUUUAGCUAAACGAUGGCUUAGGAGUCAGUUAAUUGAUAAUUUUCAUUUCCCAGAAAUGUGUAUUGAAUUGCUAGUGGCUAGCUACUUCUUACAGCCAGAGCCAUUUAAAGUAACCUGUCAACCAACUAUUGGUUUGCUGCACUUUUUACGCAAAUUAGCAACAACUGACUGGUUUAGAGAAUUUAUCGUUAUCAAUUUCAAUAAUGAUAUUCCAAAAGAUCAUAUUUCAUCUCUGGAAUGUUCUAUUGCAAGCCAACAAAAAAUGUCUUCAAGACCUGCAAUGUUACUAGUUACACCUUAUGACUUAGAUGGUACAGCUUGGACAAAAGAAAGCCCUUCAUUCACAAUACUUGCUCGUCUUAUGCAUUUGUCUAGAAAAGCUUUAGAUAUAGCUGAAGAAAGCUUAUUAAAAAAUGGCACUGUAGAAAAUUUUAAACAAAUAUUUAGGCCUUCGUUAGAAAAAUAUGAUAUAGUAAUUCGGCUAAGAAACAUAAUGAAUCCUCUAAGACAUAUGGCAGUCGAUGCUAAAAUGGCAAAAAUUUACACAUUAGAACCACCUGAAGAUAAUGAGAAAAUACCAAUUGUUGGGUUAAAUCCAGUUCAAGAGUUAUUAAAUGUGCUAAGAGAUAGCUAUUCUGAGUAUGCGUUGUUCUUUCAUGACACAUAUGGAGGCAAUAUAAUCGGAGUUGUUUUUAAGCCUAAUGUAUUCAAAAAAAUUGACUUUAAGGUAACUAAUGUCAAUGGUCAAAAAUUACACAAGUCAUCAAAUAGUACAAAACAAGUUGAAUUUAAUUUAGAUGCAUUCAUCGAGGAUAUAGAUGUACAAGGUGGUUUUAUUGUAAAAGAAAUUGAAAAAUGUAACAAAUCACUAUUUUGUAAUUAAUAUUAUUUUAUUAAGAGAUUAUUUAGUUGAUUUGAACAAUAAAAUUAUUGAUUUA